CAGGGCAAGUCAAAAGUCCAAGAUUCUCCUCAUUUUCAUACACACAUAUUUUAUUAAUGUUUUAAAAGUAAAAUGGGGUCAAAACAUUCUAAGGCUUACCCUAGGGUGACCAAGGUGGUCCCUAUACAAGAUAAAUGCCCAGUGUCUUCCCCAGUCAACCACAUAGAGGUGGCAUUCAUUGACAAUCUAGAGAAACGAAAUUUAUAUUCAUUUGCAAGACUACACGGGCAGAAGAAAUCACCGAAGCAGCUGCCUCCACUCCGGGAGACUGAGAAUGGAAGAUACUCUUCAGGUAAAAAUAAAAAUAGCAUGGCUAUUAUUCCAGAUCUUAACAUCCCCAGGCCCACGUCUUUUGAUAUUUCGGUGGAAAAGGGAGAAACAAGUAUUAUUAAGAAGCAUCCACCCCGAAGAUUUCAAAUAUUCGAACCUCUUGGACCACAAGUCACCAAUGCUGAAAAGUUCUUGACACAUAAAGGAGCUGAGACCACACGAAAGAAAAAGCAGGAUCUGGAAAAGAAAAUGCAAACUCUGGCAUACUCUUCUGGGAAAAGACAAUAUUUAAACAAAAUGAAAAUGUUAGAAAUGAACUGCAAGAAACAAGAGUUGAAUCAUUUACAGGCUCAGGCUGAGCUGAAGAAAAAUCUCCAUAAAGAAGCAAGAAUUAAUAAACACAAAGCUAAGAAAAUCCUGGAAAACAUGCAAAGAAAUGAUAACAGAAAAAACUCUAUGACUAAAAAGUCUGAUGUACUCAUAAAUGGAAAUAAAGGAAAUGCACAGAAUAGAAAAUUUGCAAAGAAUCAUGAACAGAUUGAAUAUAAUCCCAGGAGGAGUGAUAUAUUGAGAAGAUGGUCCCUCAAACAACAGGUCCAAGACGAAAUGCUCUGGGACAGUUCUAGCACCAGUUCAGAUGAGUUGGACAAAAAUGAAAGGAAAUCCUGGGGACUAUUGAGGACCAAGACACAAAGAAUCUCAGUUUUAGAUGAGCUCCUGGAUCAAGAGUAAGAGAGCUACAACAUUAAGAAACCUAUGCACCCAUCAGGAUUUCAUUGGGAGGGAAAAGGGGAGAAGUGGGAGUAUAUUGACAAAUUCAAUUACUUGUGAUUCCAGGACCUAGAACAGUGCCUGGCUUAUAGGAGGUGCUUAAUAAAUACU